GGCCGGAAGGAAUGUAUGUGUACGGAAGCCAGUGUGGGUCAAGCGAUGUAUGGAGCUGGGUUUGUUUCACCGAGCUGGAAGGGAGGAGAUCGUAGAAAUUAGGAUACAGCGGGUUGGACGGUCCCCAGGUUAGUUGUGUUGAGUGUCGAGGGGAAGGGAACGAUAGACAGAAGCGGGCGUUCCUCUGCCUUGUUUUCCAGCCACUUGAGCCGGCUGUUAGUUUCAGGAAGGAGUUAAACUCCCGACUUGCUACAACAGAUCAGCUGUGAGCUCUGCUCCUGCUCUGUGAAGGUUGGGCAAGAGUGCAACUGCCCUUCUUCACCCUUCACAAGGAACUGAAGAUACUGAUGAUGUGACCAAUGACUUAUUGUGUGAUGGUUCUGAUGACUAAGAUCUCCUGUGGAUUUCUGUACCUUGUUUGAAAAUGUGUAAGAAUCAGCUGUAUGGGUUCUUGUGAUACAACAAAGAUUAUUUUCUUUCGAACUCUCUGAUUUGUGGAACUGUUGCACAAGCUUGAAGGUUGAACAGCUCAUUGGCAGUUGUCGAACAUAUGAUAACAUGAAAAUGAUCAUCAAAUGAUGUCCACCUCCAGUAUUCUAGGGUGCUGGUAUUUCAGUGGAGAAAAAGUCAUACCCAUUUAAGCAAAUUGCAUGUUCCAGUGAUGGUGGAAGCUGCUCUGCAACCAUCUAGCAUCUAUCGUUGUGAAGAUGGAUUUGCCAAUGUAGCUGAUAGCACUAAAACUCUUUGGAAUUUAUUGUAUCAAGAAAGUCGUGUGGCACAGCCUACGUUCAGACAAGGCAAUCAUCAGAAUGUUGUAAUGAAAAUGAACCUCAAGGUAGCCUGUGGUGAUGUACGUACCUACUUUGAUAAUAGAUUUACUUUGAGCUGUGAAUCUUGCAGAGAUGCAAUCACUAUCCCCAAGAUCUCUCCCACAGAUGCUAUGUCAGAGGGAAAUCAUAAAAAGUACCAUUGGUUCAACUUCAUGAGGAAUUACUCAGACCAUUGCAAAUUAAAUAUUUUUUUCUGUCCUCUGAUUUCAAAAUUUUUGUGGUGUAAGAUUCCACAGUCCAUGAGGCACAUGCAUCUGGAGACUUCUCAGAAAGAGCAGUCCAACAACUUGUCUCGGCAGGCUACCAGCCAUGCAGAUGGGAGCUUCCAAGAUUCACCAAUGAGCGACUAUCGCUUGGACUCUAGUGAUGUCAUCCCUGAAAGAGGAAUUUUGGCAGGGUAUAGUGAGAAUGAGGUUAGAAUUCAAAAAGUGUAUCAGCUUUCAAUAUUUUCUCACCUUUCUAACUCUUCAAAUAGCUUGGAACAGAAAAAUUGCAAACGGAGUAUUAAAAGAAGUGUAACUGAACUUCAUCCAGAUCUUGAACUCAAUCAGAAAAGAAUUCACCUGCAUUGCAAAAAUUCCGCAACGUUGACUGAAAAUUUAAAUGCAUCUCAUUGUGGAGUUGAUAAUGAUAGUCUUUCUGAAAAAAACAUAGAAAAGGCAGGUGACUAUACAGAUCAACAAGAUGUUAGCUGCCAUGAUGAAGAACCAAUUGUGCAUGGUUCUGCACAACACUUUUGUCACAGUGGUUUGCAUGUUAUUGAACAUAAAGACUUCCAAGACAGUAUUUUGAUCGAAGAUGGUGAGACAGGCACACCUAGAAAUAAACUGGUGCCAACAACACCAACCUCUGAGAAAGAGGUUCAGCCUAUUACCAGCACUGGACUGCUAUCAUCUGAGAAAACACCUUCCUCUUUAGGACACUCAAGUGCAAUCUCUGUCAGAUGUACAGCAAAACGAAAGCUGCUAUCACCAACAAACGUAUUAGGGAAAGAUUUGUGCUCAGGGGAUGAAACCCCCUCUGUUGCAAAGAAAUGUAGGAUUCAGUUAACAAAUUCCAUCCCAGUGUCUUGCAGAAGUACUGAUGCCAAAGCAGCGCCUUUCUGGAAUCACUUACUUCCAUCCUCAAGAGAUGCAAACAAGAAUUCUGCUGACUGCAUCAGUGCUGCCAGAAGGUUAAAGAAUGGACUGCGUCUGAAAUCGAGACACCUAAGGAGUGCACUUGCAGGAGAAUCCAAUAAGUUUUCAUCAAGAAACAACACAAGUUUUUCUGUUAGUCGUUCUUUGCUUGGAAAUUUUGAGGAAUCCUUGUUAAAUGGCAGGUUUGCACCAUCAGGAAGAAUUGAAGGUUUUACAGCUGAACUUGGGGCAAGUGGAUCAUAUUGCCCACAGCAUGUAACAUUACCUGUGGAUGUGUCUUACUAUAAUAUUUCCGAACAUAGCGCCCCAUCACCAUUCCUGGGUGUGAUAAAUCUGGAAUCUUUGGGAAAGAAGGGUUACAAUGUCCCCAAGGCUGGAACCAUCCAAGUGACCUUAUUCAACCCAAACAAAACUGUGGUGAAAAUGUUUCUAGUAACUUAUGACUUCAGUGACAUGCCACCAAACCACAUAACACUCCUGCGCCACAGGAUCUUCCUUGUACCAGUGGAAGAAAAUGAAGGAACAUGUGAAAAUAUGGAAAAUUCGGAAGUAAAAAGAAAAGUCCUAUGUUACCUGAUUCAUUUAAGGUUUCAGAGUUCCAAGUCUGGAAAAAUCUACUUGCACAGUGAUAUUAGGCUGCUGUUUUCCCGAAAAUCAAGUGAAGUGGAUGCUGGGAUACCUUACGAGUUAAAGUCAUUUACAGAAAUGCCAAGAAAUCCAAAAUAUUCACCACGAGUUUAGCACAUCAAUUUCAAGACUAUCUAUAUUGGAAUUCAGUAAUUAUUUAUCUAGCAAUUGGUUCUAACUAUGGAGAAAGAUUUUCAGUUCAGUGUUAAAACGCAUGCUUUGUAAUAAAUAUUAAAGAUCUGUUUAAAGUGCAGUUUCCAAUGGUGUCAUUCUGUACAUUUUGAUUUUAAAAAGCACAGGAAACUUGCUUUAAUGUAGGCUUGAAAUAAUAUUUAAUAUACACUUUUGCUGUCAGUUGAUGGAAAUUUAAUUCUUUAACCUCAAUAUCAAAAUCCCAUUUUACUUUGAAACAUUGAUCUAUUUAUCUUAAAUAUCUUUCAUUGCCUAUAUUAAUAAUUAUUGUAAUUGUGUGUUCCCUGAUUCAUAAACUGUCAGGACCACAAAAGACACAUUUGCAGUUUGGGAAUAAAUAAUAGUUUGAUUUAACUCUUUAAUUUAUAGGUCUUGUGCAAAAAUCUUUACAAUACUUAAUGUACAAUGUGAAUAUUGCUGCUUCCAGAUUUACUUUCAGAAAACCUUUCCUUCUCCAAAAACUUAAUUUUCUGCCUAGUAGGUUUAUAAAUCUCACUGAAAAGUUAAUUUUGCUGCAGAAACUAAUUUUAACUUGUUCUAAUCUUCUCCCACUUAGAAAUAAUACUAACAAGGCCAUUGGGAAGGGAAAGGGAAGGUGAGAAAAACUGGUUGAAUUGGCAAUAGUUUAGACCUUUUUUCAAUUUAAAUUCACUCAUUUUACAAUUAUGUCCAACUUUCGGCGUUUGGCAAUGGCAAAGAGCUGUUCUCUGGAUGGGAGCUGAGGUAGGAAUCUCUUCCUUUUAUUUUUCCACCACCAACUAGGGAAUCCAUGAGACAAAGGGGUGAACACUGAUUUAGUUUUGUAAUUUUUGGUUAAUUCCCCAAUCAACAGAAGAAUAUCAAGCCUCUGCUUUCCCCUUGAUGCUUCAACUGUUAAUGUCCUUUUACUUGGCACACACACAUUGAUUAUAAAUGCACUGUGAUGUUUGGUGAUAGUUAAUGAACUUUUAUAUUUGCCAAAGUGUUUGAGAAAGGGUGAGUUUCUUCGAUGUUCUGAUAACUAACCCUUCAUUCUGGAGUAAAUGAAACUUUUUGUAUGGGCAAACUGUAGAUUAAAGAGUUAAUUAAAAUGUUUCCUAAUGUUAAUUUUACUUUUCAUUAUGCACUGUGUAGUAUUAUAUUCAGAAGGUACGCUUCAGAAAAUACAUUAGUUUUUGUUCUUAAUAUUAUUGUUGUUCAAACUCCUAAACCUACUAAUCAUAUUGUUGAAACAGUUGUAGAAACAUAAAGCUAAGUGAAGUAGAUUGUAUUUUUUGAUGGAAUAAACUGCUGUAAAAAUA